AUGAGUGAGGAGAAAAUGAAGAAGCACUUCAUACUACAACAUGGGGUGUGCCACGGUGCGUGGUGCUGGUACAAGGUUAAGCCAUUGCUCGAGGCUUCGGGCCACCGCGUAACCGCCUUAGACUUAGCUGCUUGCGGUAUGGACACAACCAGGUCAAUCACUGAUAUCACCACAUUCGAACAAUACUCUGAGCCAUUAAUGAAACUCCUGAGCUCAUUACCAAGUGAUGAGAAGGUUGUGCUCGUUGGUCACAGCUUUGGAGGCUUGAGUAUAUCCAUGGCCAUGGAUAAGUUUCCCAACAAGAUCUCUGUGUCUGUCUUCGUGGCUGCUUUCAUGCCCGAUACCAAACACUCACCAUCCUUCGCGAUAACCGAGGAGUCAUCCGGAAUCAAAAUUUUUGUUGAAAUAAAUGAGAGUCGCUUGACUUAA